GUUGUGUGGAACAGAGGUACUACGGUUUGGCGCUUGAAUUUGCUGAACGGGUUUCAAGGCAGCAGGGUGGGCGUAAGCGUGGCACCUGCGCUGCUGUCAGCCAAAGGAAAGGAUCUGCUAUUAUCAGGUUGUCGCCCAAGGAACACAUUUGAUGAGCGCGAGGUGAAAGGGUGAUCCGUUCCACAACUAUAGCUGCUUGCAGUGAACACAGCCUAGUUUCCGUAGCCAAGCGGGUGGGUGGGUUGCCGGAAAGCCCGCGGGUCAGCUGCGUUUGGAUGCGGCUGCUCCACAGCAGUUGGUGAGCAGCGGUGGCGCAGUAGCAGCGCGUUGGGGUCGCACCUACUCGUACGGUUCUGGAGGUGGUGAACUUGCCAACCAGCCCGCAACGUGCAUCAGCGCGGCAGCUUGUACGGCCGCGUGUGCGGCCCCUAGGGGCCCACAGUGGCUACUAAAUCGCUGCCGCCUUCCGGCUGCGGCUGGCGCUCAUGACUGGCGGCCUAUUGGCUGCGUUGGCUGCGUCGCCGCCGCUCGGCGGCGGGGCCAGCCCGGCCGCCGGCGCGUCUGACGGUGGCGGCUUGCCCCUGGGCAUCGGCGGCGGCGGGCUGGGCAGCAGUGGCGGCGCUGCGGCGGACGGGGGCCUCGAAGGCAUGCAGGGUGCAGCCCCGGGGUCAGGGGCCCUCGGCGCGGGCCCGGGCUCAGCAGCAGGCGCAGGUGCUGGGUUGCCCGGGCUAGGGGAUCCGCCGCCGGUGCUGCUGGCGCCGGCGCCGCCGCUGGACGGCAUGUCCAUGCACCUGGCGCAGCCGGCGGGUGGCGGGCUGCUGCCGGGGAUGCCGGGCAGUAGCUUCGGCGGCGCAGGGGGAAGCGGCGGAGGCGCGGCGGGUGCCGUACCUGGGGCGAACUCACCGCCGGGCGGGUCAGAGGGCGGGGCCGGCCCGCUUGCUUCGCUGCUCUCCAGUUUGGUGCCGCUGCCUGGCAUGGAGGGGGGUCAGGGCGCCCUGGCGGCGCGCGAGCAGCAAACGGGGACGCCGCCACAGGACCAGGCGACAAGCCCGCCGCUGUCGGCGCCGGGACAGUUGGGGUCACUGCCACCAGGGCUGAACGGCGCGGCGCAGGGCGCCCCUCCGUCGAACCUGGCGCUGCACAUCGCGGUGCUGGCAGCGCUGCAGCAGCAGGCGGCGGCGGCAGCGGCCAACGGCGCAGGAGCGGGGGCGGCGGCACCUGGCACCGGGGCGCUGCCAAGGCCAGCGCCGUUGCAGGCUGCCCUGGUGCAAGCGGCAGCACAAGCAGCAAUCAUGGCAGCACAGCGCAACGCGGCCGCGGCGCAGGCCGCCAGCCGCGGCGGCGCUGACGACGGCGCCGGCGGCGCCGGCAACGGCAAGGGCGGCCCCGGCGGCGCGGACGGGCGCAAGCGGAAGCGGAACAACUCCCCGUCGCCGCCGCCGAAGGCGUACGGCGGCGGCGGAGCCGGAGCCGGCGGCGGCGGCGGCAUGCCUGGUAUGGGCGCUCUGACGCACCUGGCCGAAGACCCGGACAAGGACUCGCCGUGCCGCAACCAGACGGGCUACGUGGGCGUGCGCAUGCGCAAGUGGGGCAUGUACGCGGCGGAGAUCCGGGACGGCGACAAGCGCCGCUGGCUGGGCUCCUUCCCCACUGCCAUGGAGGCCGGCCUGGCCUACGACGCCGCCGCCAUAGUGCAGAAGGGCAACAAGGCCAAAACCAACUUUGCGUACCAGGACCAGGAGACAAACCCGCGGCCGGGCGCGGAGAUGAUGCCGAAUGUGCGCUGGGACUUGCUGCCGGAGGAGGUGGCGGCGCAAAUGUCAACUCGGAGCGCAAACGUUAAAAUUGGCAAGCUGGGCACCGGCGGGCCUAGCAACAACGGCGGCCCAGCCGGCGGCAGCGGGGGCCAGCGUUCCCGCCCACCCAAGCCGCCGCCGCCAGCCCACGGCGGCGCGGCUGGUGCGGCGGCAGCGGCGCGGGCCGGCGCCAACGCCACCAACAGCUCCGGCGCGAUGGUGCCGCCCAACGCCAUGGCCGCGGCCGCAGCCGCCAUGGCCGCGGCCGUCGUGGCGGCCAACGCCAAAGCCAAGGCCGGCGGCAAGCCGAACUCCGGGCCGCAGGGCGCAGCAGCGGCGGCGGCGGCGGCAAUGCUGGCGGCGGCUAAGAAUGCGGGCGCCGCCGCCAACGGCGGGCCCACCGCCUCCGCCGGCGGCUCUGUCAGCACCGGCGCGGGGCCGCCAGGGUCCAUAAUGCCGGGCGCGCCGGGUGGGCUGCAGCUGCCCGGGCUGGGGGGCCUGCCGCUGCACCUGCUGCCGGCCGACCACCCAGACCUCCCGGACCACCCGGGCAUGCUGCAGCGCCAGCACGCAAUGGGGAUGCAGGACAUGGCCGGCGAGGGCACGGCGGCGUCGGGUGGUGCCGGCGGCCACGGCGGCCACGGAGGCCACGGAGGCCAUGUAGGAGGAGGAGGUGGCGGCGGAGGCGGAGGCGGCGACCCGGACCGCCCGAACGACCACGGCGCCACGUCUUCUGAGGGCGGCGCGUUGGGGCACCACGGCCUGCACGACGGCAUGGGAGCCCACCAUCACGGCCGCCGUGGCGCUGCCGCAGCAGCCGCCGCGGCUGCCGCCGCCGCGGCGGCUGAGGAUUACCCGCCCGACGGCGAGGGCGGCUACCCGCUGCCGCCGGGCUGGCCCCCGGGUGCGCCGCCGCCGCCGCUGGGGCCGGACGGUGCGCCGCUGGGGCCCUACCCCGGCGGCCUUCCGCCGGGCUACCCGCCCGACUACCCCUACCCGCUGCCGCCGCAUGCGUACGGCGUGCUGCCGCCGGGCAUGGACCCCGCCGCCGCCGCCGCCGCCGCUGAGGAGGAGGACGCGUACGGCGCGCCGCACCCGGCGGCGCUGUACGGGCGGCUGCCGCCGGGCGCCGGCUACCCGGGCGUGGACCCCAUGGCGGGCAUGUCGCCGGAGGGGUACGAGGUGGAGGUGGACGAACACGGCGUGCCAAUCUACCCGCCGUACGGCUACCCGUACCCCUACCCGGUCAUGGUGGGCUACGAGGAGGACGGCACGCCUAUCUACGCAUACUCCGAGGCGCCGUACGGCCCGUACGGCUACCCGUACGGGUACGGCGCGUACGAGGACGAGGAUGCGGCGGCGGCGGCCGCCGCCGCGGCGGCUGGCUACCCGCCGCUGCCGCCGCACUACCAGUUGGCGGGGCCGCCGCCGCCGGCGGCGGCGCACCUGCUGCCAGGGGCACGUGCGGGGCGGCACCCGCAGGGGGCUGCGGGGGGCAGGUCUGACGGCGGCGCCGAGGGCGCGGGUGGCGAUGCCGGGCUGUUGGAGGGCGCGGGCGGACCCCAUGGCCUGUUGCACAGGGCCGGGCUUCGGCGGCCAGGCGCGGCGGGCGGCUCUGGUGGUGGAGCUGGCGGGAGCGGCGGCGGCGCGGCGGGCGGCCGGGCGGGACACCAUCAUGGGCUGGGCGCGCGCGGGGCAGGCGGCAGCGAGGCCGGCGCCGUGGACGGCGCGCGGGCGGGCGCCAUGGCGGCCGCGCGGCGGGGCAUGCGUGGCCCUGCGAGCGAGGCUGGGAUGCAGGACGGCGGGCACCACCCCCGGGGCGCCUCCGGCAGUAGCAAGGCGAUGGACUCACUGGACACACUGGCAGGCGCCGCCGCCGCGCUGGCGGGCGAGCCGGGCGGCAUGGGGGGUGACGGCGAGGGCCCUGGCGGCGCCGCCGGCCCGCACAGCGCCCACCUGCGGCCGCCCGCUCGCCCCACUUCCCAUGGAUCCAUGGGUGGCGGCUACCCGCCGUACGACCCGUACGGCUACUACGGCCCGCCGCCGCCGUACGGCGCGGCGCCGUACCACCCAGCCUUGAUGAGCCCUCGCGGCUACUCGCUUGCAAGAACGCGUUCUUCUGGAGGCGGCGCGCACAGGGGCGGCUCCUCGGGCGGUGCCGCUGCCGGCGUGUACGGGGCCGAUGGCCUGCCGCCCGCCAAGCGGAUGGCUGGAGGCCGAAGUGGCGGCGGCGCGGCCGGCGCGCCAGGCCGCGGCGGGCAGGGCGGCGGGCACGAUGGAGCCUCAGGGUCGGAAGCGGGCGGUGCUGAUGGGGGCCGCGGCGCGGACGGACCCAGCCCGGUCAGAGGCCCUGGCUACCACCCAGGGAUGCAUCCGCCGCCAGGCAGCCUGUACGACCCUGAAACAGGGGACCCCAUGGACCUGUACGCGCAUCCCCCGCCCUACGGCGCGAUCCCACCGUACGGCCCGCCAGCACACGGCAUGUUGUCGUACCCGCCGUACGACCCCUACGCCCCCGACCCGUACUACGGCUACGAGCUGCCGUAUGGUUACGCCCCAGAAGACGAGGAGGAGGAGAUGGCGGCGGCCGCCGCCGCGGCGGCGGGUCAUCCGUACCCGCCGCCUUAUGGGGUGUCGCCCUACGGUUACGGGCCGCCCCCGCCGCACCUGUACGGACGCGGAGGGCCCUAUUCGCGCAGCGGCGGUGGCGCCUCGUCUGGCGGCGGUGCGGCUCAUGGCGGGCGGCAUCCACAUGCACCGCCCGCCGACGACGGCGCCGAGGGGCACGGCGGCGCCGCAGACCUGCGAGGAAUGGGCCGGGCUGUAGCAGGUGGCCGUGACGUCAGCGGCGGCAGCGCCGACCUGCACGGCGGCCACCUGCCGCCGCCAGCCCUAGGCGGCUUACACGCAGCCGGCUACUCACACCCUUUGGCGCCGGGCGCAGGCGCAGGCUAUGGCGCGCGCCGCGCAGGCGCCAACGGCGGCGGCGCUGCGCCGUCACCUUACGGAGUCGGGUCAGGCGGCAGCGACCAGCACUCGCCAGGACAGGGCGCACAUCAGCUGCCGCCGCCGUACCACCACCCACACGCUGUGCCGGGUGCCGGGCGCCAGGCAGCACACCAGGGGCAGCCGCAUCAAGCGUCGCCGUACGGUGCGGCCGGCGCGCCCGGUGGCGGGGCUGGCGGUGACGGUGAAGGCUCCACGGACUUGUAUCUGCAGAAGUUUGCCGAGCUGACGCAGGCGCUCAAGAAAGUGACGGGUGACGGUAGCUCUGGCGGUGCCGCUGGGAACACGGGAGGUGGCGGCGCCGGGCCGGCGGCAGGCGGGCCUGGUGGUGGAGGAAUCGAGGAUGUCAUUCGAAGCCUUUCCUACUUCACCGGCCAGAUGGAGUCUGGCGCUGGCGCUGUGCAGCACGCACCCGGGCAAGGUGCUGGGGGCGCCGUUGGCGCACACCACCAUCACCACCAUCACCAACACCACCAUGGGCGCCAUACGCAUCACGUCGCAGCAGAGCAUCAGCGCGGCGGUGUGGGCGGGGCCGGCGCCGAGGGCAGCGCGCAUGGGCGGGGGGUGGCUGGAGACGGGGGUGGGCGGUAAUGGACUGUACGCCAGAAUGGGCGUGUAUGUAGACUGCGCGAAGACUUGGGGCACUGAUUCCAUGGGGGCACUAUGGAGCAGCGGGUUGGCGACGCGACCUGCGUUGUGGCGGGUGUGCAUUAAAGCCUGUUGAGUGGUGGUCUGACAUGUAGGCCAUAGUUGCAAGUGUGUACAAGCAUAGCUGUGUGUGUGAGUGUGGGCUGUUGGGGCCGUUGUCCUUGUCGGGCUGUCCUGUCGUCGUAAUUGCUGCAGGGACGCGAAGUGCUCAAUGAAACAUAGUGCACUGCCUUUCAGUAAACACCAGCAGCACAUGUUAGAUUUUGCGGAGGGGUGUCACACAGUAUAGCCAUGUAGAUGGUAAUAGCAGUGGUGGUGCAGGACCUGGCAGUGGUUGCAGGGUGCGACAAGAAAAAGGUGGAUCUAACUCUCACGGAACAAGUGGGCUGCGCCCACGCCGCGUCUCUAGUCUGAGGCCGCAAGCGUCUACCUCAUCUCCCGGACAUAGCCGCUCUGGUCUAAGUACGCAUUAGUUCCGCAACACUCGUCAAUAGCCGGGGUCGGUUCGUAUAGGCACGGCCCGCCAUAAUGUGUCCAACCACGCCCCGCUGUCAAGCACAAGCACAGGAUGUCGUGUGAUGUCGUGUCUGUGGUUUGCCGCUGCUGCAUACCCCCCCCUGGGGGUGGCUCUGCUGUGUGUGCUGUGCUGAGCGGUAGGUUGUUGCCGGUGCCUGUCGGGUGACUCAGUGCGUGUGACUCAGCGUGUCAAACCCGGUCCUGCAUGGGAGCCGCUACAGGCCCAGCGGGGGUAUGCCGGGCCAGCGAGUCCCUGACUCGCUGGUUGUGUUGCCAACAGCGCAAGCUAGCAGACUGUGUAUCAGACUGUGUCAACCAACCCAUCGCGAGCAUUAGCCUUGUCCGUUCCUUC